AUGUGCUUGCAAGUUCGAAAUUCAGCUGGCAAAAUAUUCAGCAAACUGCCAUGGAAAAAUACCACUCUCUGCUCAAACUCCAUCAACAAAACACUUUCUUUCAAUAGGACAGUAGUGCCAGAAAAAAUAUUGAUCACCAACAAAUUUGAAAAGUUAUGCGUUAUAAAAUGUCAAACGUCAGUAAGAACGUGUUUCGCAUUUCAAGUUGACAAAAUAAAAUCGGUGAAUAUUAUUGGCGCAUAUGAUGUGUUAUGUUUCUAUUACAAUGAUAUGCCAGACGGCUUGUACACCAAUGAUCAUGCCAACUGCUCCAUGUUCCUCAACAUUCUUCAAAAGCCAAUCUGCAUCAACAUUUCCUCCUACGGAAAUAGCGACACGAACAAACAUCUCCCGGAUCGAAACCUGAUCGAAAUUAUCGGAAUGGACCGGUAUAAUCCGUCCAAAUCCCAACCGACCGGCGUUGGCUUGUACAAAUUGAACAUGGAGAGUCGUUCUUUGUACGAUUAUCAGCUUUUUGACACCUUGGCAGCAGGGGAUGGAGCAGUUUUGAUGAAAUUGUAUUUCACGAACACCACUAACGGAACAGUGAUUGUUGGACAAACGAGCGAUGAACCAAGCUUCAACAUAGGAAGUACCAUUCCUUACUUGAAAAGUGUGAACCUGGACAUCUCGAAUUCGAAAUGGAGGAACAAGUGGUUGUUUCUGUGGCAGCAGGGCGCCCAUGCCAAAACUUUGUCCUACAUCGAUAAUGGAACCCUUGUUUUUUCCAAGCAGUUCUUCAUCUACAACAUCGCUGCCAACAGAUCUGAUUGGACCGGUGUUAGGAUGCGGACGAUCAGCUGA